ACGCAAAAGGUUCAACCUGUCCAAAACCGGGAAAGUGACAAGUCCAUAACUGCGAUCAUGAGAGGCAUCCACCGCGCGAUACUCUCCAGUUUCUUACUGCUGUCAGUUUUCAAUGUUAACGUGGACGUAGUUAACACCACAGAAACAGUCACCUCCUACUUUCACGUCUACAAGGAUUUUCUGUGGCAGAUUGAAACUGAUCCUAGGGCUCCUCUAUAUGAAGAAUUAUCUACUUCACAGAGACGGAAUUUUCUUGGCUGCCUUGUCAGUUGUCUAGAUACGGUAAAUUGCGGUGGAGGUCAUUACACAAACAAGACAUGUGUUCUUGUUGGGGUCCGGAAGGACAACGAGACCAUUGGAAAAUGCCUCGGGACAGAGAGCAUCGAAGGGACAAAAUCAUUUUUGAAGAAAGAAAUCAAUGAUUGGUGUAAAGUUGUUUUGGCAUCAAACAUAAGCUGUCCCAUCGCAGAAUAUGAUUCUGUAAAUUGCACCAAUGGAGGAAGCAUAACCCACCUGGGCAUCACCUGCAACGGCACGGUCACCACCAGUUUUAAUGGAAGCAACGUGGGCAAACCGGGCAAAAGCGAGCUGCUCUAUCUCAUGGAAAUCUCGCCGUGGGUCGCGAGAGUUGAAAUCGACACAUGCAGACCGGGCACCGACUAUGACAGCAUGUUAGCCGUGGGGAAGAUGCCACAGCAAGUUAACUCGACCACAUGUCUUCACACGGAUUAUGUUUCCUUCAAUGAUGACGGUUAUACCUGCGACUUGGAAUCCUGGGUCACUGUGACGUCACCGGAAGCUGGAUGUUACUUCGUCGCUGUUCAUGGAUACCGCGGAAACUCUGGAACGUUUGAGUUGCACAUCAGCUGCUGAAAAUGCUGUCACGGUUUGUGAGAAAAGAAGACGCGCAAAGAGAGCGUUUGUUUUCAUAUAUCACUCUGAAAAGAAACACCAGGUUCUUGGUUAAGACCUAGUGUAUGAAUUCUACAACGUAAACUGAAAGCUGAAUAUAAAUGACGUGGGGAUUUUCCUACUUGGUAAAAAAAAAACUUAGGCUGAUCAACAACUUGACUUUAAAAAAUAUGUCUCGUGUGUAUCGU